CGUGCAUUGGCGAGUCGGCGACCCGUUUCAUUCGUGUCUGGUUUCGGUUUCUUGAGUUAUUCUAGAUUUCAUAGUUUCCAUCCAAUUCUUCUCGAAGCCGAACUGUAAAUAUAUAUAGGAAGAUCUUUGUAUAAAAUGUCCCACCGUAAGUUUUCCGCACCACGCCAUGGUAGCAUGGGAUUCGCUCCCAAGCGCCGGGCACGUAAGAUCCGUGGGCGCGUCAAGGCGUUCCCCAAAGAUGACCAGAAAAAGCCUAUCCAUCUGACCGCUUUCCUGGGUUUCAAAGCGGGCAUGUCGCAUGUUGUGCGUGAAGUGGAAAAGCCCGGUUCAAAGGUGCACAAGAAGGAGGUUGUUGAUGCCGUGACCAUCUUGGAGACCCCGCCGAUGAUCGUUGUCGGUGUUGUCGGCUACAUCGACACUCCCAAGGGUCUUCGCAAAUUCAAGACCGUCUUUGCUGAGCAUCUGAGUGAUGACUGCCGUCGACGAUUUUAUAAGAACUGGUUCCGUGCUAAGCGCAAGGCUUUCACGCGCUACGCCAAGAAAUGGGCCGACAAGGAAGGCAAAGCCGAUAUUGAACGGGAUCUGGCUAAAAUGAAGAAGUACUGCUCGGUCAUCCGCAUCAUCGCCCAUACCCAGCAAAAACUGCUGAAGAAACGCCAAAAGAAAGCCCACAUCAUGGAGAUCCAGUUGAAUGGUGGCACGAUACCGCAGAAAGUUGAUUGGGCGCGCGAGCAUUUCGAGAAAUCUAUUUCGAUUACUGAUGUCAUCGCUGAGGAUGAGAUGAUUGAUAUCAUCGGUGUAACGAAGGGACACGGACGAAAGGGUGUCACAUCACGUUGGCAUACGAAGAAGUUGCCGCGCAAGACUCAUAAAGGUCUGCGCAAAGUGGCUUGUAUCGGCGCAUGGCAUCCGGCCCGCGUCAGCAUCUACGUGGCACGUGCUGGUCAGAAAGGCUUCUUCCACCGCACUGAAAUCAACAAGAAAGUGUACAAAAUCGGGAAAGGCAUCUUCCAAGACGGCAAGAUCAAUACGGACACCUUUAACGCCAGCACGGCCGCCGAUAUGACAAAGAAGAAUAUUACUCCCAUGGGCGGAUUCAAACAUUAUGGUGAAGUAAACCAUGAUUACAUCAUGCUGAAAGGAUGCGUCAUGGGUCCCCGAAAACGGGUUAUUACAAUUCGAAAGUCCCUCUUGGUGCAAACCAAACGUGCGGCCCUGGAAAAAAUCAACAUCAAAUUCAUCGAUACAUCGUCCAAAUUCGGGCAUGGUCGUUUCCAGACAGCCGAAGAAAAGGCUUCUUUCAUGGGUCCUCUCAAGAAGGACAAAGUCAAGCCCAAGGGAUAAUACUUUCGGUGCUGCGGCUUUUUAUUUCUUGAUUUUGGUGCUAAAUUGAAAUUAAAUUCCUUCAAAUAUAACGGGGGCGUACGUAACUUUAUUUCUACACCCAGACAUAACACAACCAAAUACAGAAAUUUCAAACGUGUAAAA